AAGCUGCAACUCCUGUAACCUCUUUAUGUUUGUAUCUGCUCUCAGCUUCCAAUCCCAGGCUGAGACAACAAAAACAAGCCAUCCCCAGCUAGAAAGAAAGCAACAGGCUGAAGGAGAGAGCAGGAAAAAGCCGGAGUUCAUUAUUCAUUCACGUUUUGAAGCAGGAAGAGAGAGACAGGCAGCACAGGCGCAAAUCCACUGACUCAGCUUGUACAGUCACCUUUAUGGAAAUAAGCGAUAGGAUCUCUUCAUAGCAGGAAGGGGGUGAAAAAAGAAGAUCGGUAAACUGAAGGUGACAUUUCAUUCGGUCUGAAAAAUCCGUGCCUGGGUUUUCAUUUCUUCUUUUUAAAUUCUUAUUUAAACAGGUGUUUUUUUUUAUAACUCCGCACAGAGUCGCAGGAAAAAUAAGACUUGAAUCAACAGGAUCUCGUGUAUGGGAUUUGAGUUGUUCUUACUUUCAGUUUCAGAGAAACAUCUUUGGGAUGUACGGGCACAUGUCACCUGCCCACCAUACUGAUUAUUGAACUGAGGAGGCCGUGCGAGAACUUUUUGGUGAUGUUAACCAUAAGAUUUUUUUUUUUUGCUUGGAGUUGGGCAUUUUCUCCUACACUGAUCCUUUAAUAGAUGGCUUAAUAUCGUAGAUCAACAAGUUUUUUUUUUAAUCCUUUCCAGUUUAUUUUAAACAGUAAUUUUGUAUAUAUAUUUUAAAAAAACACUGUACUUUUAUGCAGUUUUAUUAUCUAGCCACACUGGUUGUUUUUAUUAUCUGUAGUAGGAGAUAGGAGUAUUGGUCACUGCUAGACUUCCUUUGGAAUGUGGUGCCAUCCGUACGAAGUUGUCUAGAGCACACAAGCUGGGUAUGGAGAACCUGGAGACACGAACAGGGCAGGAGAGGCUGCCAUUGGAGUAUACUAGGGGGAAUCAAGUCUUGGUGGACCAACCCAUCAUCUUGGAGAGGAAAGCAAUGGAAGCCUACAGAUUUGUGGAUGUAUUACUUACUGGGGGAGCUCCUUGGGGAUUCACUCUAAAAGGUGGGAAGGAACAUGGAGAACCACUAAUCAUCACCAAGGUGGAAGAUGGAAGUAAAGCAGCCGACAUCUUAAUGGCGGGAGAUGAGAUUGUCAGCAUAAGUGACUUUCCUCUCUCAGGUUACCGUCAAGAGGCUAUCUGCCUUGUCAAAGGUUCACACAAGACCCUAAAAAUGAUUGUGAAAAGGAGGAAUGAUAUUGCAUAUAGACCUCAUUCUUGGCAUUCAACUAAAUACAUUGAGAGUCCUUUAGAAACUGUGACAUCACAUUGUGCUAACUCAGAUGCUGCAUCCUGGAAUUCAAGAUACCACUCCAGCUCUUCACCUCAUGAGCUGUCUAACCCUUGGGACCAAAUUAAUCUGCAGAGGAAUUCUGGACACUUCAGCUCCAUGGGGAGUAUGGACAGUAUUGACCAAACAUGCCAGUAUGAGAAACUUUCUUCUGCAAAGUCUAAUAACAGCACUGAACAUUUAGGAAACCAAAACAAAAGGGAUUCGGCAUAUGGUUCACUUUCUACCAGUUUUAUAAAUCCUGAUUAUGCCUCGUCUAAAACAGGUUCUGCUUCAACAGAAAAUAUUCUGUCUAAAAUUAAUCAGUGGGACAAUACAAACUUAAGACAUGGGAAGUCAAAUCAGUUCUUGAAUGAGACCAAAGGCUCAGAAGAUAAGCAGGGAUACCUAUCCCCUUCUGUGCUCUCUGAAAUGAACAGGUCAUCAAGGUCAGAUGAAUAUGUUGAGUCUAGACCAUCAAGUCGGUCAAACUUUGGACCAAUUUGGUAUGUUCCAGAUAAGAAAAAAACUGAAUCUUCUCCACCUCCUCCACCACCACCUAUCCGUAGUGAUAGUUUUGCAUUUACCAAAGGGCACGAGAAGCCAACUGGCCCUGCACACUCAGAGAAUUCAAGCACACAGCACUUUACUGUGGCCAACAGACCACAACCAAGACCUGACUGGAGCUCAGAAAGUUCUGACUAUCAACAAAAACUUGUUCGAGUAACUGAUAGAAACUUGUCAGAUGUAAGGAGAGUUAGUAAUUCACCCUACCAUGGUGACAUUAUUUUAGAUCCAGGUUUGUCCACCUAUAAUGACAGUUAUAACGAUCCUGCACUAAAUUCCACAAGGUUACAGUUUUCUUUAUCAAGCAAUGAUAUUCGAUUUGCACAGCCUACAUAUAAUUACCAUCACCAACGUCAAUACAGUGAUGAAAGCACUUUGUUUCAAAGCACAAGAUCUACUUUACAUAAACCACAUCAGCAAAUGGCGUUUUAUACUGGUGUCCAUGAAUUGUCAGCUGAUCCCCCAUGUAUUUAUUAUUCUCCUAAAGUUUCUAGCUCUUCCUCAGACAACAUUGGUUUGAGACAUAAAGUUGAAACAACUGUGCAGAAUCAUGUGUACAGUGGAAAAUCAAAACAGACACCUCAGGUUACAAAUUCGCAUCCAUUUAAGGAAUACUGCAGAACAGAAGCAAACUUGGAUAAAAUUUCUAAACAACAUGAAAAUGCUGUUUCAUAUACCAAAAAAUCUAGUUAUAAUCUAAUUCCACAAAAUAUUAUGUCUUCACUAGAGAACUGUGAAAAAAAAAGUUCAAGGAUAACUGAGAAAGGAGAUGUUAGAAAUGUUUCCAAGAAAAAUGACUAUUUUGAAGAACAAUAUGAAAAACAUAAUUUUGGACAACAGGAAAAUUCUGAUAAAAAUGUUUUGCCAGGUAGAUAUAGACCUCAUAAAACAGAUUAUAGGUGGGAUGAGAAUGAAAGAAAUAAAAUAACACCUCAGAUAACACCAAUGCUACAUUCUUUAUCCCAGGAAGGAAGAAAUCGGUCUGAUAGCUUUCCAGCUUCUGAAAAUGAGAAAUUUCCUUUUACAGAUCCUAAGCAUACUCGCAGAAGUGAUCGUUUUGCAACUGCCUUGAGAAAUGAAAUUCAGCAAAAGAGAGCCCAUCUGCAAAAGAGCAAAAGCACUGCAGCCUUGACUGAAUCAGUUGAAUCGGAGAAUUCAGAAAUAUGGAACCAGAAUUCAGUGGAAAGCAUGGCUUCUCCUUCUGAUGGCUCUUUUUCAAAUACCUACAAGAGUCAUCUUCAGGAAGCGCAAGCCAGAGUGCUUAGAGCUACUUCAUUCAAACGACGAGACCUGGAACCUGGGAUGUCUGACCAACCUCCAUUGUCAGGGCAGUACAGUAACAUGUCUAUGUCUGUUUCUCCUUUACAUGGAGAUUCAAGUCAACCAAAGCAAACCUCAGUGGUUAACAACUCCCAAAACAUAACACGUAUUGGAGGCAGAAAAAGGUUCACUGCCCAACAAAAGCUUAAGUCUUAUUCUGAGCCUGAAAAGAUGAAUGAAGUUGGAAUUUAUGAAGACCAUCAGCAUUCUUUUAGUUCUAAUACUUCUCAAGAAGCAGUGGGUUCUUUUGCUGACAGAUGGAAAUUUUUUGAAGAGACGAGCAAAUGUAAACAACUGAUAAAUGCACCCAAACAUGCUCCAACUAACCUUUCUGUAGAAAAAUAUGAGGCCCAUAGUCAAAAAGAUAAUGACAAUGAGCCAGGAGAAUCAUGGCAUGACAAAGGGACUAGGGCUGCUUCUCUGGGGCUUGAAUGUCUACCAGAUCAGAAUAGGGGACCUAACAUUGGUGUUCACAAUGCUAUAUAUCCAGUUGUACAUAAUGUUAUACAAGACCAACCUCAGAGGCUGGGGACUUUUGCAGAAUACCAGGCUUCUUGGAAAGAACAGAAAAAAACGUUGGAGAGGAAGAAUUCUGGAAGAUGCCAUUCAGCUGACAACAUUCUUGAUGCAGGUCUUGAGCAGAGUUCUAAAACACAGUAUGUCCAUGUGAGGUCCAGGUCAUCUCCUACAACUGAUUUUUAUACACAGGGAGCAAUUGCCAGCUCAAAAAAUCAAGCUGAAAAUCCAAGGGAAGACUCAUACAUUCCAUGCAGCAAUGAAAGAGGAGACUCUUCUAUAAGGAUUGUACAGGUAGCAAGUUCCCCAUGUGAGGAAGAAGACACUGAUUAUAGUAAUAAAUGGAAGUCGCCUGUUAAAUCAUCUCCAGUGAAAGAAAAGUCACCAGAAGAAAGUAGAACAAGAUCUGGGACACUGCCAAGUGAUUAUAGAUAUGUACAGGAAAAUGUGAUACAAGGCAAAAGAGAUAUCAGCUUUUCAGCUGUUCCUAUUUCUGAAAGCUGUUCUGAGAGUAAGAAUUGGUGCUAUGCAGGAGAAGACGGUCAGUCUCAAGAACAGACAUCAGUGAACAAGAAACGUGGACCUGCUCCUCAAAGACCACCUCCUCCAAAACUAGAUAAAUAUCGAAAGCAGAACAGCUCCACAUCAUCUCUUGCUACAUCUUCAGAAUCUCUUGUGACAAAUCAAGGCAAAAAUUCACAAUCGCUUUCUUCUAGUAACCUGGAUGUGAACAUCCUUCAGCCAGUCAAGGCCCAAAGCCCUGCUCUGUAUUCUGAUAAACAUUUGCAGGCUCCUUUGCAUGACCCCAGAUUAUCUCUACCUCCAGAGAAUGAAAAUCAUCACCUAGACAAGAAGCACAUUCAUUCUGACUCUGUAGUGUAUUCAAAGUCCUUUUGUUUGCAGAAACCUGGAAUGGAACCUUCCAGGUCACCAUCACCUCAGUUUGCUCCUCAGAAGCUCACAGACAAACCCCCUGUUCUGGUUCAGGAUGAAAACCUAUCAAGGAUUGAAAGAAUCAUCGAUAACACCACAGUAAAAAUGGUCCCAAUUAAAAUUGUACAUUCUGAGAGCCACGAGGAGAAGGAAAGCAGGCAUAAUUUGUUGAAUGCCAUAGAGCCACCUGCCUUACCCACUGGCCUUGCAAAGGAUCAGCUCAAGACUCUCAGCACAUCUGAGCAAUCAUAUUCGCUCUUCUGUGCUUACACAAGGCAUGACCCAGACCCUGAGGAACAAUCCAGGAUGUUUGACAGCCAAGUAGGUGCUGAGAACAUUAACGAAAAUGAUGUCUCUACAGCCAGCAACUCAAAAAGCAAAGAUAAAGUUUAUGAUGAUUUGAAGUCAGAGGAGCUAAUGCGAGAAAUUGUAGGUAAAGACAAAUCCCUUGCAGAAAUUUUAGACCCCAGUGCCAAAUUCCGGACCACAAUGGACCUUAUGGAAGGCAUCUUCCCCAAAGAUGAAAAUCUUUUAGAAGAAGCUCAACAGCGCAGAAAGUUACUUCCUAAAGUUCCAUCACCAAGGCCUACAGAAGAAAAGAAAGACGAGCAGAAUAUGCCAUUAGUUACGCCACUCACUACCAGUUCUACAUAUUAUAGCACCUCAGCACCCAAGGCUGAACUCCUUAUUAAAAUGAAAGACAUGCAGGAGCAACAGCACCCUCAGGAGAAUUCUGAAGAUGAGCUGGACCACAACUUGUCAGAGAAAAAGCAAGAACUGAUUGACAGCAUCAGUAGGAAGCUUCAGGUCCUGCGAGACGCCAGAGAAACUCUGCUUGAAGACAUCCAGUGUAACAACGCAUUAGGGGAAGAGGUGGAGGUCAUUGUGAAGGAGGUCUGCAAACCCAACGAGUUUGACAAAUUCAGAAUGUUUGUUGGAGACCUGGAGAAAAUUGUUAACCUCCUCCUUUCUCUCUCUGGGCGACUUGCUCGAGUGGAAAAUGCUCUUAAUAACUUGGAUGAAACAGUCUCACCAGAGGAACGGAGAACACUAGUGGAAAAGAGGAAGUUGCUCACAAGGCAGCAUGAAGAUGCAAAAGAACUGAAAGAAAACUUAGAUCGCCGUGAGCGCAUUGUUUUUGACAUCUUGGCUAGUUACCUGAAUGAGGAAAACCUUGCAGAUUACGAGCACUUUGUGAAAAUGAAAUCUGCACUCAUCCUAGAACAACGGGAACUGGAAGACAAGAUUAAGCUUGGAGAAGAACAACUUAAAUGUUUAACCGAGAGCCUCCCAACAGACAGAACCAAGUAGCAACCAGUGAAGCCAAAUGUGAAACAUGGACUCUUGGCCUGUCUUUUUAUAUGUGAAUCUUCUUUUAUUUUUCAUUCAUGCAAAAGCUUAGAAUUAUUCCAUUAUUUCCAAAAGAAAAUUCUUACCUCUAGCAAUAAAACAAUGGUUUCAUUGAUUGAUAUAUUUAAUUUUUUAAUGUUUGUACAGCUUUACUUCAUAUUUUAAAGCCUUAGAAGCUUUUGUUAGAUAUUUGAAAAGGACAUGUAGAGUUUAAAAAUUCACUUGUAUGGCAAAUUCUGUUAGAAUAUUGCAUGCAGCCAGGAAUUUCCUGUAGUGAUCUUUUUAUGUUUGACAUCUUUAUAGACACCCAGCAGCAAAGGGACAAAUCAAGUUACAGUAAAUCUGAUCUUGUUGCGAUAUGUUACAUACAGCAUUUACAUAUGGAAUGAAUAGUUACCAUAACAAUUUAUCCUUGAGACUAAUCUCUUUAUGUAGACAUUUAUUUAUCAUCCUAAAAAUGAUGCGGUUGUCUCAGUUUCUCUUGGAGGAAAAUAAUAAAAACAAAAUCAAACAGGA